ACUGUAGUUUUACACGACUUCAAACUUAACGGCACACAUAUGUCAAUGGUUGAACUGUAUUGUAUUUGGUUCUAUUACAUGAGAGUAAAUGGCUAACACAUGGAAGCUAAUGUUAGCUCGCUAAUAGAAACCAUUCAAAUAAAGCGAGCCUGGCCUAGUAGUUCUGACCAGGAAAUGCAAACACAGAAACUCCUCGAGAGAGUUACACUGGAGCAAGAAUGGUGAAGAUUUUCAUUGGGAACCUGUCUCAGCACACUGAGAAGGAUGACGUGGAAGCUCUGUUUACCCGAUAUGGCACAGUGACAGAGUGUGCCAAGUACAAAAACUAUGCGUUUGUCCAUAUGGAUGACCGCAAGUCAGCCACCAAAGCCAUCCGUGAGCUCCAUCUCUGUAAGGUGGAUGGCAGACCCAUCAACGUGGAGCCCAGUAGAGGGAAGAACCAGGGCCCUGUGAAGCUCCACGUAGCCAAUGUAGAAAAGGGCUUUGACGAUGAGCUCCGUGAGAUGUUUGAAGAGUAUGGCACAGUGAAAGAGUGUGCCAUUAUCAAGAACUUUGCCUUUGUUCACAUGGACAAUUCUGACGAGGCCAUGGAUGCCAUAAAGGGCCUGGAUAACACCGAGUUUCAAGGAAAGCGCAUACAUGUUCAGAUGUCAAAAAGCAGACCCAGAGGUGCACCUGAGGAGGAGGACUAUCCACCUCCCCCAAUGAGAGGAGGCUAUUAUCCUCCUCGCUUCCCAGGGGAGAGGCCCGAGCCUCCCUACAGAGAGCGCAUGUACGCUCCUGCUCCUCCGCCCCCGCCCCCUCCCCAGAGACGAGGAGGUUUUCAUGACCGUGGCUAUGGCGAGCGAGAAGAAUAUGGGAUGGUCGAUAUGUAUGAGAAAUACAGAGCCCGUCUUUACAAUGUGCCAGGCUACGAUGACAGGCGUUCCAGCGCCCCUCCUCCUCCUCCUCCUCCUCCAUCCGCACUGGUUAGAGAACGUCUCGCAAUGGGGGUCCAUGACCUAUACGAGCGCCGUCCACUCCCCCUUCCGUCCUACAUGGCCAGGGACCGAAGCCCUAUCAGACGUGCCCCCCCUCCGCCUCCUCCAUCAGCUGGUAACGGAUACGCCUACGAGCGGUCCCGGCUCUCCCCGCUGUCCAGUGGUUCAAUGUAUGCGCCUCCAAUGUAUGCAGCUCCACGCCACAGGGACUCCUUCUCAGAGAGAGGGCCGCCGCCGCCACCGCCUCGAUAUGCAGGCUAUUAGGCACGAGUGUAAUUCAAGGUUUAGAAUAUGACAAGAUCGUCGUCGUCGUCUGCUGAUGCACGUGGCGCUAUACAUCCCCCUCGUCUUUGGCGGAUUGCGUUGCGUUCGCCUGAGACUUACUGGAAGAUAUUGUAUUGCAGACAGCCUCGUACUUAAAAUCAUAUGAUUCCAUGUCUACGGUUCACGUAUUCUUCUGAGCUGUUUAUGCCUUUUCUGUUCCUCUGCUUGUUUUACUGUUCAAAUCCUUCAAAAUGUUUUGCAGAAUAGGAUGCUGGCUUUGGGGCUUAGUCUAUUGUCAGUGUGACACCGUACUGUUAAUGUCCGAAAUCCCCUCUCCUCUUCAGUCCUUCUAAAUGGAUACGGCCGUUGGGAAACUGUGACAACAUUUCAUAACAAGGGAAGUUAUUAAAAUGAAAAAAUACAUAGUCUUUGUAAUCAAAAUUAUUGUACUCGGACUAAAAUUGUUGGUUGUAAACAAAAUGCUCAUCAAAAUAAGUUUAAAAAAAACAAACAUCCAGUGUAGUACUUUAUUUUAAUACAUGGUGUGGCCGAUUGUACGGUAAUCCCUAAGAUUUGCGACACAUGUUAGCAUGACGAAUCAAAAGUUCCAGUGUGGUUUUGUUCUUUUUACACUUUGUGUUAUCUUUUCUUGCGAAAAUAGAAUCUAUAGCACUAUUAUGUAUGAUUUUAUUUACUUUACAAGUUGCUUUUAUUUGAAGCCUUUUUAAUAAACAAAUCAAACCAAAACUACGUUUUAACUGUCAAAUUAUUCCUCGUGGGGUAGGCCUUUUUUAGUGUAAUGACUCGCCAGGCAUACUUGGUAAUACCGGGCGUUUAACUCUGAACACACUUCAGUGUCAUGCUUCACACCCUUGAGUUUACCUGCUUGACGCAUGGUAGGUGAUGUUUUGUCAGCCCUGUUCAAUUGCUGAAAAGCGCAUUACUUCUGUGACAAAACACCAAAUUUCGAGCAGCUGUUCCCUCAGAUUGACGGUUAAAUGUAUAAAUACUUUCUUGAGAUCUUAUGCGUUGUUCCUGAUGGAGAGGAAGCUGCAUCUUCACCGUCCAUUGCCUACCUUGUGUGGUGCCAAUUAGCUUUCGUAGACGUAGAACAAUAAUUAACUGAGCGUUGCGCUGGCCCAUGUUCCUGUCGUCUUGCGACAAUUGCUCUUAAGUGUUGAUUUGCAUUGUUCAUUUAUCGGUCAUUGAGUUCACUCCACAUAUUAGUCACACCUUCCAUUAUUUUCUUUACUCAACAUUAAUAUUUGUAUGUACCACAAAUUGCAUGCAGUCUUGGUAUUCUUAGUAUUUGUGCUCUUUGUAGGUUGUUAGACUGUAGAAGGUGCCAGCUCAUGGUAAGUCCUCCUGAAGAUGUGCAGAACCCAGUAGAAAAGGCCUGUCUCUGCUCCGCCAGCUGAAAUGCAUCGCCGAGCGAGUUCACAGCAGUUUGUAGUCUCUGAACAUUACGCGCUGGGACAAGAUGAGAUCAGGCAACCCUGAAGUUAAAGGAUGAGGAUUUUGUCCUCCACGGAGAGUUCGGUCAACAUGUUGGUGAGCGCCAGUCCUCUGGAAACCCUGCAUUGUUACAUCUCUGGAGUUGAUGACACACGACGAAGGUUUUAAUGGAAGAAAAUGAAUUUGGAUCAAUCCUACAGGUCGAACUUUGGAUUGAGUAUUGUAGAAUCAAGACUUCUCAAACUUGACAAACGCCCCUAUUUGUCCCACCUACAACCCACCUCCCUCCUCCAGCCUGCCCUCUCUCCCUUAUUGAUGGAAUUGAGAUAUGGCUAAAACCAUAUGAUGUUACAAUUGUGACUGAAUGUUUCCUACUUUCCAUAUGGCCACAAAUGUUUAUUUGAAACCACUGCGUGGCCUUUAUCACAACUUUUGAUUUGCUAAUAUUUUUAUAUUUAUGUCUAUGAACCUUUUCAUACAAACAUACUUUAGGUUACUGUAUAUAGAUAGUUGCAUACAAAUGUAUUUUAUAUAAUUCUAUGUGUUAUAUAAUUGUGUUUGAUUUUCAAUAUGGGUGUAGAAUUUAUUUUAGUAUGAAAGUUUAAAGUAAAUAAACAAACUUUUCAUGAAGUUUGAAUUGA